CACGUGGGGAAGUCUCGAUCUGCCCCAGGCAGGUGUCGAAGAGGACAGACAAGUUAGGCGUCUUACCGAUACCUUGCUUAGCACCCAACUCUUACCGCUGCCAAUUGACUCUUCACAUUCGCAACUCAAUCCUCUGUCUCUGAGCCCAUUUGCGGAUAUCCACUCGUCCAGCUAUUACACCACUUUCUUCAUCCCAUCAGCUAUUCAAGAUGGCUGCGAAGGCGUCUGCAGUGGCGGACCAGGAGCCCAUCGAUGUCCUGUUCGCCCUGCAUCCCAAGUUCAAUCUUGUUGACUUUGCCGGCCCAUUGGAGGUUCUGGCUUAUGCCCAGCAUGACCUCAAGGAUCCGUCUACCAAGGCAUUCGAAAUCACGCUUGCCAGUGGCGAGCCUAAGGUUCUUUCCGGGCAAGGCGUCAUCGUCCACUCGCAGAUCUCAUGGAAAGAAGCCCACGAGCGACUUUCCGACUUCGACGUGCUCGUCGUCCUCGGGGGCAACGUUGAGCCCAUCCUGACAUCGAAGGCCGAACCUCUCGACCUCAUAGCCGCAUUCGCCGAGAUCCAGAAGGCAGACCCAUCUCGCGAGCGGACCCUCCUGUCCAUCUGCACGGGCUCCCACUUCCUUGCCCAGCAAGGCCUCCUCGCCGGCCUGUCAGCGACGACCCACCCCGAUUCCCUCACCAGGUUCGAGAUCCUCUGCAGCCAGGCCGCCACACUCAACUUGGAUGAGAGAACCGACGUUAUCGAGGAUGCUCGGUACGUCGUCAACAACCUGCGCUUCGACCUCGGCGAUGAGGAUGAGAAUCCGUACAUCCGCCGCAAGUCGGAUGCCCGCCGCCCUUCUAAUGCUCGAAAGGGUUCCAUGUCCUGGAAGGGUUCCAACACGCGCCGCGAGUCCAUCGCCCGUCGCGCGGCGAUGCGUCUCGGUGGUCUGCGUGUCAUCACGAGUGGGGGGGUUGCCGCUGGCCUAGAUGCCGCCUUGUACCUGGUUAGCGUUAUGGUUUCUGAGGAAUCGGCUCUCGAGAUCGCUCGAGUCAUGCAGUUGACCUGGACCAAGGGAAUUGUCGUCGAUGGCCUGGAUGUUUAAGUUGGGUGGAUUGAGUCCCCAGACAUAUCGGGUUGAUGAGGAGAGAUAACUCAUAUGGCAUGCCGGAUCGAAAUAUGUUAUAUCAACAGGGAAAAGAGUAGUUAGACCCUUUUUACUCCAAGUGCUGCCCAGAAUAAAUUGCUUGCUCAAAA